AUGAAGUUCCUCAUCUGCUCCUUGCUCCUGGCCCUGGUCUCGAUGGUGUACGACGAGCUCUCCCUCGACCUGCAAGCCUUCGUGGACAGCCUCGACCUCGAGGACAUCUUCGCAUUCGACCGGCUCUUCAAGGACCAGGACCCCGUUUUGACGCAGCGAUACGCCCUAGCAUUCCUCAAGACGAUGAGCCCGAGCACGUACAAGAAGAUGCGGAAACUGGUUGCGGUCUGCAAGCGGCGAUUUGCCAAGAUGACCGUCGGUGCCCGGAAUUUCUUCCGGAAAUAUGGGAACGACGCGCUUCUUGCUGUGAACGUCUUCAACAACCUAUCCGUCGAACAUGGUCUGGAAAAGUGGUACAAGUUUGUUGAUGCGUUCGACGAGUUGAGUGGAGAAGACCAGGAAUCGAUCUGGGAGCAAUUUACGAUCGUCUACAGAUUUGUGGCAGAUAACGACUUCCUUGAGGCGGCCGUGCCCCAAAUCGAAAAAGCCGAGAAAGAGUUGGCGGAUCUUCUGAAGCGACCUAUGCUCGUCGAAACAGGAACCUAUAUCAAAAUCAAACCUGAUUCGACCUUGCCGGACUUAGAA